AAUUGGCGGACAUGGUCCUUUGAUGGAGCGGCGGAGGGAGAGGACCGCGAAAGCUUUCCCCGGAACCACAAGAACUUUUUCAUCUGCCCGCCGAAUCCUCUUUUCGGGUCCGACUCACUCUGUUUUGCAGUAGAAAUCAGCGAAAAGCUCCAGCUGUCUGAAUUUGUCCCCUCAAUUAUUUUCAUUCUAGGCCAUCCCAGUUUCAUAAAUCCACGCAACGCACCCAACGUCAACUCUCAUUGUUGUUGUUGUCCAUCAUUCCUUGUCACGCUCACGGACCGGGUUCGAACCGUAGCCAUGCCUCAACAACAACUUAUCGCCGUCGUCGGCGCCACCGGUAACCAAGGCGGAUCUGUCGCCCGCCGCUUCCUAGCUGCCGGCUAUCGUGUUCGCGGUCUCACCCGUAACGUCUCCUCGCCAGCCGCCACGGCACUAGCAGCCCUCGGGGUCGAGGUGGUGCAAGCGGAUCUCGAGGACGUCACCUCCCUAGAGGAGGCAUUCCGCGGCGCAAACGUGAUUUUCAGUGUGACGAACUAUUGGGAACCCUUCUUCCGUCCAGACUGUCGUGCAAAGGCCCAGAAACUGGGUAUCUCGUGCCGCAAGUAUGCGUACGAUGUGGAGUACCGUCAAGGUCGAAAUAUUGCCGAUGCCGCCGCAACGACGGUGGACACACUCAACGAAAAUGGCUUCCUGGUCUCUACGCUAAGUCAUGCCGGUAAAUGUAGUGGUGGGAAGUUCAAGGAAUUGUAUCAUUUCGAUGCCAAAGCCGAUAUCUUUCCUGGAUACGUGAAUGAAAAGUAUCCUGCCUUAUCAGCCAAGAUGUCGUGUAUUCACACGGGGUACUUCUACACAAGUUACAACAUUCUACCAAACUCGUACUUUAGAAAGAACCCCGAUGGCACAUUUACAAUGGCAUUCACUACCUCGCCGGACAAGCCUGUCCCUCACUUCGAUCCUGCUGGCGAUAUGGGUAACUUCACCUACGCUGUGUCGCAGAUGCCACCGGGCAAGGCCUACAUGGCCGAGGGCACAACAUGCACCUGGCCUCAGUUCCUUGAGACUUGGGCCAAGACUUUAGGAGUGGAGGCUAGUUACAAACAGGUCCCGCCGGAAGAAAUGAUUGAAGCCACGGGAGAGCGUGACACCGGCAUCGAAGUCGCCUACAUGUUCUCCUACUCCUCCGACCCAGGCUAUGAUGGUGGUAUGGAUUUGCUGACAGCAGCUGAUCUCAGAAAGCUUGGAAUUGACUGCCCCCUGACAACGUGGGAGGAAUGGGUAAGAAAGACUGACUGGUCAUCAGUGUUGAAUAAAUAG